CUGGCUCUCAGCAGCAGCAGCAGCAGAUACUGAGCUUGACCACAGGCUGCUGCUGCUCUCAGAGCUCAGCUUCACCAGCUGACGCAGUAGCGUCAAGCAACAGUUAGCAGCGCCGUCCAGCAAAGAGCCGUCGCCGACCAUUGCUGCUGUCGUUUUUCAAUACUAUUUAAUCCACAAUGAAGAAAUUAAAGCGGCCCUCCUCCUGACGUUCACACUGUGGCCAGGGAGGCUGUUUUUCCGCGGUGAGGGUGACUGACAUGGACGCUUGUGACAAUAAGGUCAUUAUCCACUUUAAGAGCACGACGCGGUUCGGUAAAUGGCAACAAGACUGUUAUUCCACUCGGCUUUAAAGCUAACCUCAUAACAGCUAACGGAUGUGAAGCUUUCUGCCGAAGUGGAACCGUUCAUCCCACAGAAGAAAGGUCUUGAAGGAUCCUUGGUCAGCAUGAGUCUCUCUGGAGAGGCGGGUGGUGGAGGAGGCAGCGGGGGUUUAGGAGGAGGUGGUGGAGGAGUGGAAACCACACCCAUACCGAGCUACCUCAUCACAUGCUAUCCUUUUGUCCAGGAGAACCAAGCGAACAGGCAACAUACCAUGUACAAUGGAGGGGAGCUGCGCUGGCAGCAGCCAAACACUACACCUGGAGCUCCAUACAUGGCCUACCCCUUUUUGUCAUCCCCCCAGCCUCCUGUAUCCAAUGAGUAUGCUUACUACCAGAUUAUGCCAGCUCCAUGCCCUCCUGUGAUGGGCUUCUACCAGCCCUUCCCUGGCACAUAUGCAAGUCCUGUGCAAGCUGGGGUCAUCAACCCAGUCUCCGCAGAUGUCGGGGAAAGACCAAUGCCUCUGGGGGCGGCAUAUGGGUUGGCUAAUCAAAGAGGGAGAGGCAUGAUCCGGCCUAAUGCUCUCCCAAAGCCACAGUUGGGCAUGUGUCAGCCUCCAAGGGGUCGCAGGCCUCCAACAAGGAAUGUUGCUGUGCAGAAGGAAGUAUGCACCUUGGGGCCUGAUGGUAGGACCAAGACGGUCAUGCUGGUGGAUGCAGCACAGCAGACAGAUACCCCAGGUGAGGUGUCGGGGCGAUGUGCUGCUGAGCAGGCUAGUCCUCUGCUGUGGAAGAACCGAACAAAGAGAAGACGGGCAGCCCAGGCAGCAGAGGGCUACAACGAGCAUGGCGCCAGUGAGGCGGAUAUAGACAGUGACAGUGGCUACUGCAGCCCCAAACACAACCAGGCAGCUGGGGUAACGCAACGAACAGCAGAGCAUACAGCAGCACCCAAGGGAGUAGAGGCUGGUGUAAUGACAGUAGCCGAUACCUGGGUAAGUGUAGCCUCUCAGGCUCCCCCGAAGUCCUGGGGAGACAGGGACGGCCAGUUUCACAGAGCAGACCAGAGGAAGAAUCUUGAGCAAAGAAACUUCUCACAGGAUUUUCACAGUGGCUAUCCAGGACGUUUGCCACCCAACCAGCCAGAACAAAGACUACAGCCAACAGUGGUCACUGGUACUGACAUCACUCCAGAGCCCCUCUAUUUUGAGGAUGAAGAUGAGUUUCCUGAUCUUGCUACUGGGAGCACUGUCCAACGCAGCACCAAACCAGAAUCUGUGCCCACUCAGACACACACGCAGCCUAAACUGCCCAAAAACCUGCUGGAUAACCUACCAGAAAACUCCCCCAUCAACAUUGUACAGACACCCAUCCCUAUUACCACGUCUGUUCCCAAGAGAGCCAAGAGCCAGAGGAAGAAGGCUCUGGCUGCUGCCUUAGCCACUGCACAGGAGUACUCCGAAAUCAGCAUGGAACAGAAGAAAUUACAGGAGGCAUUUACCAAAGUCGCAGGGAAGAAGAGUAAAACCUCAGUCGAGCUGGACCUUGGAGACAUGCUGGCAGCUUUGGAGAAACAUCAACAGGCUAUGAAGGCCAGGCAACUCAACAAUACAAAGCCACUGUCUUUUGCAGUUGGAACAACUACUCCAUUCCACAGCUCCAGCUCGACCAACCUGCCCUCCAUGUUGAAGGGUCAUCAGAAGCCGUACUCGGCCCCACACAAUGCCCUGGAUUCCACCGCUCCUCGGGUCAAGAGAGGGAAGGAGAGAGAAAUACCCAAAGUCAAAAGGCCAACGGCCCUGAAAAAGAUCAUCUUGAAGGAACGUGAAGGAAAGAAAGGGAAGGUGAGUGUGGAACAGGAGCCGACGGGUCAGGAGGAGAAUGGGGACGAGUGUCUGCGUUUCACUGAGGAUCUUACACAAGAGCCUGCCUCUCAAGAAGAGAAUGGUCUGAGUGUUCCCAGUGAUGCAUCCCUUUCCCCUGCCAGCCAGAACUCUCCAUACAGCAUCACUCCAGUGUCGCAGGGUUCUCCUGCCAGCUCUGGCAUCGGGAGUCCCAUGGCUUCAAAUGCUGUCACCAAGAUCCACAGCCGGCGUUUCAGAGAAUACUGUAACCAAGUGCUGAGUAAGGAGAUCGACGAGAGUGUGACUAUGCUGCUGCAGGAACUGGUUCGCUUCCAGGAGCGAGUUUACCAGAAAGAUCCCACCAAGGCAAAAUCCAAACGCCGCCUGGUCAUGGGUCUCAGAGAAGUCACCAAACACAUGAAGUUGCACAAGAUUAAGUGUGUUAUUAUCUCUCCAAACUGUGAAAAGAUCCAGGCCAAAGGUGGUUUGGAUGAAGCUUUGUAUAAUGUCAUUGCCAUGGCCAGGGAGCAGGAGAUCCCAUUUGUGUUUGCUUUGGGCAGAAAAGCUCUUGGACGCUGUGUCAACAAACUAGUGCCUGUCAGUGUUGUAGGCAUUUUCAACUACUCUGGAGCAGAGAACCAAAAUGGAUCUAAGGCCAUGCCGCUCUCACUGCGCCCUCUACAGGACCAUGUGGGUCUCUUCAACCGUUUAGUGUCACUGACAGAGGAGGCAAGGAAAGCCUACAAAGACAUGGUGUCUGCUCUGGAGCAGGAACAGGCAGAGGAGGCGCUGAAAAAUGACAAGAAGGUCCCACACCACAUGGGACAUUCCCGUAACCACUCUGCUGCUUCUGCCAUCUCCUUCUGCUCCAUCUUUUCUGAACCGAUAUCAGAAGUCAAUGAAAAUGAGCAUGAAACCAACUGGAGGAACAUGGUGGAGACUUCUGAUGCUCUGGAGCCUGUUGAGCUAGAGCAGAGUCGCCCUGCACCUUCCACAGCUGCACAGAAAGACACUGAAGCACCACCAGCCAUAACCACCACAGCUCCCCCCACCCCCACCACCACCACCACCACAAACCCCAUCACUGCUGUUCAGUCUGGAUCCACUGCUCUCCAAUCCAGAGCUGGACCUUCGACACAGGGCAGUGGAGAAAAAGACGAGGUCCGUGCUGACGACCGGCUGGAGCUGGCCUCACAGCAGAGCACAGAAACGGGCUCGUUGGAUGGAAGCUGCAGGGGUCCACUUAACAGCUCCAUCACCUCCACCACCUCCACACUUGUGCCCGGGAUGUUGGAAGAGGCAGAGGAGGAGGACGAAGAGGAAGAGGACUACACUCCUGAACCCAUUUCUCUGGAGGUGCCCACCCUCAGCAGCCGCAUUGAAUCGUGGGUGUCAAAGACCCUGGAAAACCUGCAACUGGGGAAGAGCCAGGAAAGUACAGAAGAUGAGGACGAAGAGGAGGAGGAAGAAGAAGAGGAUGAAGAGGAGAGAGGGCAGAGUGAGGACGAGGAGGAGCUUGAGUCUGCUGGCAUCACAGAGGGCGAAGAGCAAGUGGAGGUGAAGAAGGUCAUUGGCUGAAAUCACUUCAACUCCUCCCUCUUUUCUUUUUGUGUUUUUUUUACAUGUACUCAUUCGCUCACUUCUCUGGCUCUCACUCAUCCGUCUUCACAGCAGCCAGCAGCUUUUCUUAAUCGUCUUUAACCCCUGACACUACACAUAAUCUCAGGUAUCCAACCAACUGACCAACACUCACACACCAACCAUAAACGCAUCGUAAAGUAACCGACCAACCCACAAACACACAGACCAACCAACAAGUCGCGCAUAUUUUGAUUGGACAGGCGCUUCCUCGACCGCAUAACCUGCUACACUUGAAAUCAUGGGAAUGUUUACGAUUUCCCUCCUCGGAAAACUGAACUCUUGUUAGAGUGGGGGGAAUUUUCUAGGAGCAAGCGAUGAGCAGUGAUGAUGAGAGAUGAUGUUAAACUGCUGUGUAAAGGAAAGUCCACUCCCAUCUUUACGUCAUAGGGAUUAGCUGAUACUUUAUUAGCCAGGGAUGUCCCGAUACAGAUCUCUCGUCACAUUUUUUUAAACCUGAUCAGAGGUGAGCAGACCCCUCCAUCAUUUACUUCAGCUGCUGGGCUUUUCACAAUUUCCAGCUGUCACCAGCUUACUUCCAGCUUAAACAAAGCCUCAUCUAGAACCAGUUCAUGUCCAACCUUUAUCUUAACCUAACCACAACUCAAAUCUUAGCUCUAAACCUAACCAGUUCCUCAGAAAUUAGGUUCUUCCUCAGUAGGACCAGGUUUUGGUCCCUAUGACCAGGUUCUGGUCCUGACAAGGUCAGUGUUUAUGCCAGAAAAGAUCACAGAAGUAAAAAGCACACACACUCUUUCAUACACACCGUAUUAUCGCACUUAGGGCCACUGACUCGUACAGAACAUUAACAUCAACGCUCGAGAAGUGAUAUUAUAUUAUCACUUGUGUCCCUGGUUUCACUCGCAGAGAGCUGGUGUACAACGCACCUCUGUUCUCUAGGCAAAAGACAGUUGCAAAUCAGGACUCCACAACGGCAAAAAAGCUGAGCGGGACAUCCCUAAUAUUCAGUAUUGGUAUCAGUCUGACACUGAUCAAAACUGAGAUCAGAAAAAAAAGAAACUUGAAGUCCUUUAUGGUCUUAAAUACCUAAAAUCAUGUCUGCCACACUGCAGUGAUCAUGUGAGCUGCGUGGACUUAUUUUAAAAGACAAAAGAAGAAAAACUAAAAAUCACGUGUAAAAUAUAUAUAUAUAUAUAAUAUUAUUAUUAUUAUUAUUAUUAUUAUCAUUAUUAUCAUUAUUAUUUUUUAUUUUUUUAUUAUUAUUUUUUAAAAGGACUGUCAGACUGAUACCAGUUUCGAGUCAUCCCUGUGUCUCCAUUCAGAGCCCUGCAAGGUUUACAGAUUUGCAAGUAUUUGUGUAUGCGUGUGUGUGUGUGUGCACUGGCACAUGUAGUUUGCAUUAAUUUUGCUGUGUUCUUUAGCUUUAUUUUCCUCUGCUUUAAUUUGUGUGUGUGUGUGGCAUUUUUCCCACCUCGUUGAGGGAAGCAGAGACGUGCAUUUCUUUAUGACUUACUGCUCAGUUGGUAUUUAGGUUUCCUCACAGAAAAUGACUACAGUGUCAGGGGUUCUUCUGAUUCUUCUCUCUCCACCAAAACCACUCUCACCCAUCAGUCUUCAGUGUUUAAUUUUCUUCUUCUUUUUUUUUUUAAAUGUUCAAAUUUCUUUUUGUUCCUUCAUGUAUUCAGACGAUUGAAACUUCUAAGGAGCAAAACAAGCUUUGUGUAUAUAACCCUCGUCUCUGUGGUUCUACUACAGUGUGUAAUGGUGUGUGUGUGUGUCAUUGAUUUGCUUGUGUGUGAAACUGUUUGGGGUUUGAUUCCUCUGACGAGACUUGUCCUCAGUUUCCCCCACAUGCUCUCUGUGCUUCAUAUAAAAAAGUGCUCCUGUUCUCUCUGGUGGUGUUUGUUUGGGCUCUUGAGCUUUUUCUUUUUUUUCUCUUUUUAUCAGAUUCAUCACUAACACUGAGGAUCUGUUGUGAGUCUGUUUGUCCAGAAAAAUAUGUAAAGGUUUUUGGUAGAUGUACAGUUAGUAGUACUGGAGUAUGUUGCAGCAUUGUGAAACAACUGGGAAACUAAACCUCUUGCAAAAUGUUAUUUUUUAGCAGUAUUGACUCCCAUUUCCUUAUCUUUAAAAAAAAAAGGCAGUUCUAACUGCAGUACAUAACUUUUAAAUGUAAACAAAACAUCACUUUGAAGCAUUAGUCAACUCAAAGUAUCAGAUAUCAGUUUGCUAAGGAAACACCAGAAGAUCAAAAACCUAAAUUUUCUAUCAGUCAUCAAGUCGGUCAUCAGUGUGUUGGGAUAAGUGCUUCUCGUCUCCACCUGCCUCUGCGCUGCGACUGUAUACUCACAAGCGCUCCCUCAGUCGGUUGUGAUAGUGUUUGCUUGACAGAGCCUUUUUUCCCAGAUGAAGGAUGGAAGGCAGCAUUCAAUUAUGUUACAUUGUUUCUGUUCACAGAGACCAAACAUAGGCAGAAUAACAACAGCAGCAACAAAGGUUACGUACUGCAGUUUUAAAUCAAAUUAAAUUUAAAAGUGCCUGACUUGGCAAAAACAUCAGAGAGGGUUUGGUUGGAACUGAAAAGAAUCUGCUGUCGAGCUCUAAACCUGAGAAGCUCACUCUCUCCUCAGGGCACAGUCCCACAGUUUUUUUUUUUGUUUUUCUUCAAAUCUUCCUGCACAAAUUAAUUAAUGACAAACCCUUGUAAAUACAUGUGUACAAAAAGAGAUUUUGCAUUGUAUUAAAAUAAAAAAAAAAUAAAAAAUACAAUCAUCCUUUUCUUAAAGCCAUUUGAUAGUUUUGACAUUUAAACCGUUGGAAUCCAGUUUGAUAAUGGUGUUUGAUAGUGAUUGAUAGUGAAGGUUCCAGCCGGUCUACGACGGCGCCGUGGUGUAUUAACGCGGUGUACUGAGUGUCAUACCCGGCGACCCUGAAAGUAUUUCCGGUGUGAUGGACGGUACGCUGCGUGGAGGCUUUUUUUUGUUUUGACUUCCAUCAAAGUGUUUUUCGAAGUAUGUUCAUUGACAUCAAGUGUUUUGGUUUUUUUGCACUAUGUAAAUAUAGUACUGGUAAAAGGUCUUGUUACUAAUGUGAACAACAAAAACAAAACAAACAAAAAAGAAACGGUUCAAUGAAGUACUUUUUUUUUUUCAGCGUGUUCCUUGUCUUUGUAUGGAUAUUUAAGGCCGUCUCCUUCAGACUGUGCAUCACUAGCAAUGUUGUUAGAAGCUCUUUCUCAUAAUCCUGUUAUCACUCUUUAAUCUGUAUGAGCAGAGGAUUAACAUCAUUAAAAUGUUGUUUAAGUAAAUGA